AUGUGUGCCAGUACACAGAUGAGUUCUUUCUUGUCCAGCAAGACUGAUCUCAGUGGAGACAAUCCUAAGUCAUUCACAACAAAAUUGCUUGCCUUUGCACUGAUUUGCCAUACACCUUUUCGUUUAUCACCGCCAACAGCCGACAAGCCAUGUAGACGUAAUUCUCGUCUUCUGAUCUAUGAGAGACAUUCCGGAACAAGCGAAUACUACCUUAAAAUAUCCCAGUUAACUCUACUGCGCGAAAACGACCCGUCGCAGUUGCGUCGCAACAACCCUAAACAUACCGAAGUGUUCUCCGGUGCAAGUAUUUAA